GCGGUGCACCAUGAGCUCAUGGGUGGUGUAUUUUAGUCCGUUUGCUUACUUGCGCUGCAGCCUUUCAUCUACUCUCCCUGGUUCUCCGCUCCUCCUUCUUCUUCGCUAACCAUUACACGGAAACCCUUCGCCAUCAGCGGUAAACGCAUUGGUAGUUUUAACAUCACUCGCUGGAGUCGACAUUCAAGGUGCAAUGACCAAGUGGAGUGGAAAGGCCUCUUCGACGACCCGAUCGACGCAUCGUUCGUCAGUCCAUUGCCACAGCCGCAGCACCAGGCGUGCAGCAACGUCCGGGAUGGCGACCAAAACUGCGGCUUGCAACAGCCCGUGCGGCAAGGGUCAGGGCAGUGACCAAAUGCUGCAUCUCUGCAUGCGUGAUUACUGCUUGCAGCGUGGCUUCAAAGAAGCAGCUCGGGCAAUCUGCAGGGAGGCUGGUGUGCCAGCAGGGUGCUCCUUUACAGCAACUGCGCGGAAUAUGGGCAUCUCUGUCCGGGACAACGAGCCAGCCUAUGCGUCGCAUGGAGCUCUUUACGAGGCAUGGUCUGCCUUUUGGGACGUCUUCACCACGCAAAACAAUGACUUGACAGCGUUUGAACACGUUGCAAGCUGGCGCCAUAGCGCCAAUGCAAACGUAAGCGACUCGGCGCAGCCGUCGCCGAACGAGGCACAGCGUAAGGAGUGUCACGCGGGUUCUCAGAACGUAAGGGACAGUGAAACUGCCGUUGCAGCCACUGUUGAGUUGUUACACAGCGAUUUGAAUGUGCAGCGUCAACGUCAGCGCCAACGCCAACGCCAGGCUGGCAAGCUGGCGACUACCCAGCUUGCACCGAUAACACUUCUGCUGCCGCCUCAAACUGCGCAGCAGGUAUCGCCACCGGCUGCGCAUCCUGUAUUCACGCGAAUGGAACAUCAACCAGGUCCACGAUUCCCGGCGUCGCAGCCCGAGGCGCCACGGCAACAACAAUUGCAUCCGCCUGCUCCCCGCUCGAAUGGUCACACUCGAAAGCGCAAGGAAGAUUAUUCUCCUGACCCUUCGACGAUCCCCUACGGUAGUGACGAGAGUAGCAACUCCGAUUGUCAAGGCUCUGGCAAGGCUCAUUCGUCACUCGCUUGUCCACUUGUUGCAGCUCCAUCGGUGCAUGCGCAGCCGCACCUGCAGCCUCGCAUGGAAAACGAACCGGAAUGGGACGGAAGCGGAAUACAGGAAUCUUGGCAAAAGCAACAAUCGACGGAGAUGUCAGACCUGGAGAGAUUGGCAAGCCCACAGGUUGAUGCCGUAUUCAAUCAGAAAGCUGCACGACAGAGUCCUCAGCAGGUCGUCCCCACCUGUUUGACUUUGAUUUCAGACUUCCAACACCCUCAAACUUUGCACUCGCAGCCUCAAUCGCACCAGUAUGCACGACUCCAAAGCCCACCACACACUCGGCCGCUCGAUCAGCACAGAUCUUCACGUGGACCUGACCCGUUUCACACUUUGACACAGCAACAGCAUCGCGAAUUUCAACGGCAGUACCAUGACCGUGAUCCGUGUACAAUGAACAACGAACACGACCGUAGCAAUCAAGGACAUCCGUUCAUCAAUGACUCGCAGGACCAGCAGAAUCACCAGCAGAGUCAGCAUCAGGACCAGACGAAGCACUCAGGCUCGGCAGGUCCCGUGGUCAACAAUGCGCUCGCGUUGCGCAACAGCAGGUCACUUGUUGCGCAUUGCAUGCAGCAGCUGCAAAUGGGAGACCGCAAUGUGGGCAGCUUGACGACGGAAGAGAAGGCUGCUCUGCUUGAGCGUAUCCGCCGCGUACAGUUCGCCCAGCUUGACCCUUCGCAUUGUCUUGCGAAUGUACACGUUGCAACGCUGGCUGCCACGAGCGAGCAGGUCCGCGUUACAUCCGCCGCCUCAUCGUCCAUGCCACACGGUCAGCUCGCUAACGCACCAGCUGCUGCGCCGCCAUUGUCGGAUCGGCCCGCUCGCUCGCACUCUGGACAGGACAACACAGUGGCUGUGAUCGACGCGUCAGCUCCUGCAGAGCUCCGAGGCUCAACAUGCAAGCGCCAGAAGAUCGGCCGCCCUUGUGGCAAAGCUCCUCCUGCACUUGCACUUGCUGCUUCCACGACCAGCGAGCAAGGAAAGGGCUCCAGAAGGAUCAAGGCCUCUGCGUCUAUGACCAGAAGGAGACGCAGUCUCCCUGCGUUGAGUCCUUGCAAUGGAUCGACUGCGACUUCGACAUCAGCGUCAGCCUCGGUCUCGACUGCAGGGACCAGCCCAACUGCGUCGGUGGCUCUGGUGCAGGCCAGUCCGGCUCCCUGCGUUGCGCCUACUCAUCGAUACGCGUCUCCGCAGUACCUCAUGCCAGAUGACGGCUUCUCGUCUGUGCAGCUCAGCCGUAACGGGGGUGGUUGCGGCGGCGGUGGCGAAAGGGCACGGACGGAGGGUUGCGAGGGCGAUGAUUCUCGCCUUGUUCUCCCCAAUGCUAUUACGCAUGCGAUGGAGUUCGACGGUGCACUGAGCACCAACGGCAUCGCCGACAGCGGUACCCUCGACGAUACGGACGCAAGCUUCGCCUUUACCUACGGCUUCGACUCCCUCAGCGAUGAGGCGGAUCCAAUGGCCAAUCUGAAUGCCACUCAACUUGCCAGUGGCUACAACAUUCUUCUGGACAGAGUUUGGGCACGCAGUGAGGCGACAGUGUUUGGUCGCCAAGGCCCUUGCGGGUUCGAACGCGGGGCGGACAGUUUGGGAAUGAUCUCGGGAUAAAAAAAAUUGUAUAGGGUUCAGGGUAGGAUCCGAACGGUAUUGGGCGGGUUGUAACAGGAUUGCUUGGGGGCUACGGGUUUCAACAUUUAGAACAGCAGUACAUAGGUGCUGCGCUCGGAUAUCGAUAUUGUCUUGAUGCGCAGAGCAAUGGGCUGCCUUGAAAGGACUUGCCAGUAUCAGCCUGGCUUCAGCAGCAUGAUCGGUGGGCAUUUCAAUGUCAUAUCUAUCGUGAAGUGCG